CCCGGCCGCCCGUUACGGCCGCGGCAGGAGCCAUGAGCGGCUCGGGCUCGCAGGAGCCGCCGCCCAGCCGGACGGCAGAGGAGGACCGGCAGCUGGAGGCCGAGCAGGACUGGGCGGCGGCCAAGGCUUUCUACGACAGUCUGGUUACCCAGAGGCCGCGGCCGCCCAAGCCCCAGAACGCCAUCACGGUGGCCGUGUCCUCCCGAGCACUCUUCAACUUGGUGGAGGAGCAGCGGAUCUACGAAGAGCAGGGCGUGGAGAAGUACGUGGAGUACCAGCAGAAAAACGAGAACGACAUCUUGAAGCCCGGACCGGCAUUCUACUUCGUCAAGGCGCUGGAGCAUGUUAAUGUCCGGCUUCUCGAGCUGUACCCUGAUGAUGAAGAACGGUUUGAUAUUGUCCUGAUGACUAAUAACCAUGCCCAAGUGGGAGUGAGACUCAUAAACAGCAUCAAUCACUAUGGCUUAACAAUUGAACGUUUCUGUAUGACGGGAGGAGAGAGCCCCAUUGGUUACCUGACUGCAUACCUCACGAACCUGUACCUCUCAGCAGAUUCUGACAAAGUGCAGGAAGCUAUAAAAGCAGGCAUUGCAUCAGCUACGAUGUUCACUGCCAACAAAGACGUUGUUUACUCGGAUACACAGCUGAGGGUGGCUUUUGAUGGGGAUGCUGUUAUCUUUUCUGAUGAAUCAGAACAGAUUUUCAAAGAGCAAGGAUUAGAUAGAUUUUUUGAACAUGAACAACUGAAUGAAAAUAAGCCUCUUGCACAGGGUCCUCUGAAGGGUUUUCUGGAAGACCUGGGGAAACUCCAGAAGAAGUUCUAUGCAAAAAAUGAACGAUUAAAUUGUCCUAUAAGGACCUACCUGGUCACAGCCAGAAGCGCAGCGAGCUCUGGAGCCAGAGUGCUGAAGACUCUCCGUAGCUGGGGUCUGGAGAUUGAUGAGGCACUUUUCCUAGCAGGAGCACCUAAAGGACCAAUCCUGGCGAAAAUCCGCCCUCACAUUUUCUUUGAUGACCAGAUGUUCCACAUUGAAGGAGCACAGAAAUUAGGCACAAUAGCCGCACAUGUUCCCUAUGGUAUUGCUCAGAAGUACCAAAAAUCUACAUGAGUGGAGGGUGCCAUUAAAGAUGAGGUUCUUAACUCAGCCAGCCUCUAAUUACCAAUAGUUACAUCUGAAAACCUCUACAUUUUUGUAUUGUGAGCACUGUGUCUAAAGAUUUAACUUUUGGCUAGGACAGCCUUUAAAGGAAGUGUUUUUAAUAGAGUUGUUUUAAUAUAAUUCUUAAGGAGUUUAGAUUUUUUUACCUGUCUGUAUCUAAUACUAUGGUUUUGAUAUUAGAUUUGUACUGUUUUUAUAGCUUGAGACAUAUUCUGAGAGACAGAACAGUUAUAUUUUAUCUAAAAAACUGUUGAUGGGUUAUUUAUAAGAAAAUUCAUUCUGCAAUGCUGGUUCUUGACAAUCCCAAAAGCACAGUUUACAUAUAACUGUUUACCUGUUGGUGGUUUGCUGGUUAAAUAUGUGUUCAGUAGGUCUGUCACCACAUGGUUUUGGCUUCUAGUAAAAUAUUGAUGCAUUUGGUCAUGUUUGCAUUAUUUUCCUAUAUUGCUUUCUUAAUAAAGCUGGCUUUACAGAA